UGAUGCUGCAGCGAGGCGGGCGGGAGGAAAAGAAGAGAGGGGAGGGGUCGCUCCAUCCCCUCGCGCCCACCGAAUCCACUUCUCACAGCGCGCGGGCUGCUGGCGGGAAGGCACGAGAGAAAGAGAGAGAGAGAGAAAGAGAGAGAGAGAGAGUUAGGGAAAAGAGGGGAGGGAGGGAGGGAAAGGAGAGAGCGUUUGUGUGCGUGUCUCCUGUGUGUGCGCGUGGAUUGCACCACCGCAUCCCGUUCACCGUUUCUGCAGGCGGCCAUGCUCUGAUGGAGAGAAUAAAACUGACAACCCUUUCUUUUUCCUCAGAUUUAACCACCGCCGUAUCAUUCCAGAUGUGACUGACAAGUCGUUUUAUGUCGCCUGCAUUGAGUCCUGUGCUGUUCAUCUCGGAGAGACUGUGACACCAUGGCUUUGGUUAUGGAACCUAUAAGUAAAUGGACACCAAAGCAAGUGCUGGACUGGAUGAAAGGUCUGGAUGACUGUCUCCAGCAGUACGUGAAGAGUUUCGAGCGGGAGCAGAUGGGGGGAGAGCAGCUGCUGCACAUCACCCAUCAGGAACUGGAGGAGCUGGGCGUCACCAGGAUAGGACAUCAGGAGCUCAUCCUGGAAGCUGUCGACCUUCUCUGUGCCCUGAACUAUGGUCUAGAGACAGAGAACCUUCGGACUCUGUCCCACAAGCUGAACGCUUCGGCGAAGAACCUACAGAACUUCAUCCUGGGCCGGCGGAGGGGCGGACACUACGAUGGACGAGCUUCCAGGAGGCUACCCAAUGAUUUCCUCACUUCAGUUGUGGAUCUGAUUGGUGCAGCUAAGAACCUGCUAGCCUGGCUUGACAGGUCUCCUUUUGCCAGUGUGACAGAGUAUUCAUUACUGAAGAACAACAUCGUGCAGCUCUGCUUAGAAUUAACUACCAUUGUACAACAGGAUUGCACGGUGUAUGAGACAGAGAAUAAGAUUCUCCAUGUGUGUAAGACCUUAGCAGGGAUAUGCGACCACAUCAUCUCUCUGUCGUCAGACUCUCUGGUCUCUCAGUCUGCCCACCUGGAGGUGGUUCACCUUACCAGCAUCAUGCCCAGUGAAGGGCUGGGGAUGUAUAUCAAAUCAACAUAUGAUGGACUCCACGUUAUCACCGGAACCACAGAGAAUUCUCCAGCAGACCAGUGUAAGAAGAUCCAUGCAGGGGAUGAGGUGAUCCAAGUCAACCACCAGACAGUGGUGGGCUGGCAGCUGAAGAAUCUGGUCAACGCUCUGAGAGAGGACCCAUGUGGAGUCAUCCUCACGCUGAAGAAAAGGCCCCAGAACACCCUGAGCUCCACGCCGGCUCUGCUCAGGAACGUCCGCUGGAAACCACUGGGCCUGCAGCCGGUCCCCACCAGCCCCACCAGCACCUCUCCUACACCCGGUGGAACUUUGGGAAUGUCCAAAAUGGACGCCCCCAGCAUGCAGGACGUCUAUAUCCUAUCUCCUGUCUCUGGACUCUACAGCACCAGGGAGGAGCUGGGUCUGAUGUCAUGUGACGACAUAAGCCGCUACAGCGUGGGCUCCCAGUCCGGCUCCAAAGGUUCAGAAGCAGUCAGCUACUACCUGGACCAGGACAGUGGUCAGUUCUUCUCCCUGCUAGAGGGAGACGGGCCCCCAGGGCCUGACUACGACAGGGGCCGCAAUACGGGGGUUCGCCGGCGGGACAAGACCCCCACCCAUGGUGACCUCAGGCCUGUUUCCAUGCCUCCCGAAUAUAACUGGAUGGCCGAGGCCAAGGAACCCAGCAUGGGCAAGAGAGGGAGCCGAGAUUCAGACAAUUCCCUGCUGCGUUACCUUAGCGACGACAAGAUCUUGGUAAUCGAGGAGGAGCCCGAGGGUCCGGGCAGAGAAAGCCGGCGGGAUUCAACCAGACGCUCUCGGCGCAAGAGCCGCAAUCCCAGCAGCCCCAGCUUUCCCAUCAGCCCCUCCAUGCUGUCCUCCACCCUGCGCCUAGACCAGCCACCUGAUGCUUUGCCUCGAGGUGCGGACACGCUGCGAGCAGACACAACAGACAGGUACUCCGGCUCAGGAAGCUCAGGAGCGGCCUCCAUGAGGAAGUCUUUCCAUUACACCUCUCUAAGAACGAAAACCAAAAAGCGAAGUAAAGGUUCCCUCACUAGCGCCAGUCGAAGGAGAAUUUCCUGUAAGGACCUGGGCCACGGUGACUGUGAGGGCUGGCUGUGGAAAAAGAAGGAUGCUAAAGGUUACUUCACCCAGAAAUGGAGGAAGUACUGGUUUAUUCUCAAAGAGUCCUGCCUCUACUGGUACACCAACCAAAAUGAUGAGAAAGCUGAGGGCUUCAUCAGCCUCCCAGAGUUCAGAAUAGACCGAGCCAUAGAGUGCAGACGGAAAUUUGCCUUCAAAGCCUGUCAUCCAAAAAUCAAGAGCUUCUUCUUCGCCACAGAUUGUCUUGAGGAAAUGAACAGGUGGAUGAACCGGCUGGGGCUCGCUGCUAUUGGCUACACACCAGAUGACAAGGUGCCACGCCCUGAUGAAGACUACUGGAGUGAGAGUGAUCAGGACGAGGUCGAUGGCUCAAUGACGCUCAAACAGGAGGGACCCUCAUCCCUCUGUGAUACUUAUCACCGCACACCAUCAGCCAACCUCCUUCACAGUUAUGACCAGUUGCCCCGCUCAGUCAGCUCCAUGAGCCUCAUGCGCUCCACUCCGUCCCCACUCCCUCCACCAAUGAGUGCCUCCACCUCCCCCAUCCCUCCACAGAUGGUCUCUUCCACCUCCCCUCUCCCUCUCCAGGUAAAUUCCUCUAGCCCCUUCCCGGAGCCAAAGCACGGGCGACAUUUCUCCAGUGAAUCCACGCACUCCCACUCCUCGGCCGAGGACCAGCGUGGAGAUGGCAUGGGCAUGGGCACGGGCACAGGCAGCACCAGUACCCACUCGUCAGGCUGCCGUUCUACCCAUCGUGAGCGGCGCUCCUGGCAGGACCUCAUUGAGACCCCUCUCACCAGUGCAGGGCUGCACUUCCUCCAAACGGCACCGGGGGAGAGUGAUUAUGGAGGCCUAAUGGGGAGCAUGGUUGGAGAGAUGGGGCUGUACGGAGGGCUGGGCAGACAGGGCAUGUCCCCGGAGAGACGCAGGCAGGCCACACUUCCCGUACGGAGACACCACGCUGCAGAGAGAGACAGGGAGAGGGAUGGGCCCUUCCCUCUGGAGCGAGGUCCACACUCACACAGCCACACACACCGACGCUCUCACAAGCAGCGCAGCCAGAGUCUGCCCAGGAACAGGGACCCGAUGCUAGGAAAGCUGUUACACACCUCAGCUCAUAUGGAGGAGAGGAGCGAGGAUGAGGAGGCAGAGGGGCAGGCUGCAGAUAUACUCCAGGGUGAGGAUGCUGUGAAUGUCACUCUUACUGGUCCUCUCCUGGAUGUCCCAGACCUGCGGGAGUUGAGAGUUGAGAGCAGAGAGAGGAGGGUGUCGGAGGGAAGGGAGCGGCGGGUUUCAGAAGGACGGGAGCCCGAGCCGUUGGACGGGCUAGAGCAGCUGUACCGGGCCCUGGAGCAAGCUAACGUGACGGCCCUAGGAGACCCAAGACCCUGCAGCAGACAGGAGCUUCGACGUUGUUUCACCCAGAGAGCCAGGGACCCUCUGCUCAACGACAGGCUGCACCGGGUCCGAGCCCUCCGCAGCACCUUGAAGGCCAAAGAGUCCGAGCUGGCAGUAAUCUGUGCCCUACUGGAGGACCCUGGCCUGUGCUCCCAGACCUUCAGAGAGUGGAAGCAGUGGCACAGCGAGCUCUACUCAGACAUCUGCCAGCUCAGUCCCGGCACCAACGGCCAGGACGACCUCUCCCCGCUGGGCGCACCUCUCAUGACCCACACACACUCCUUCAUUGAGACACAUGUGUGAGAAAGAGAAGAGAAGCAAAGACUGAACUGAUAUAUAAACACUCAUUUUCACACACAUACACACACGGCACACACACACACACACACACACACACACACACACACACACAGUUUUACAUUAGCUGAAUCCUCUCUCCUGAUCACGACUCUGAGCACGCACUCACAC